AUGUUAACGCUGUUCAGCCAUGCCCAUAACUACACUACUUCAAUUACGGUCGGCUACAUUGGGGUAGAUGUUGAUUUGUGGCUCUGGAUGACAUGGCUGCUUUGGCCACUCAUUGUUACGUUCCUGUUGCCCCUCACCAUCGUUCUGUUCUUCUACAUAACUGGUGUUAUACUCUAUGUCUAUAAACUUCACAGGGAAAGACUUAUAAAUGCAUAUGAAAAUAAUUUUUGGGAUGGUGCAAUAAAAACUGUAGCUGCAUUAUGGGAUGCUCAUGGUUGGAUUUGGCAUGGAUAUGAAUUAAAUGGCCUUGAAAAUGUACCUAUUGACAGUCCAGCAUUGUUAGUGUAUUAUCAUGGCGCUAUUCCUAUUGAUUUGUAUUACAUGAUUUCUAGAAUAUAUUUGAUAAAGGCAAAAUUAGUUCAUACUGUGGCUGAUCAUUUUCUGUUUAAAUUACCUGGAUGGUCAAUAAUAUCUGAACCAUUAAAAGUAAUACCUGGUACUGUACAGACUUGUUCAGACAUACUAAAAGAAAACAAUCUUUUAGCAAUUUCGCCUGGUGGUGUUUAUGAAGCUCAAUUUGGUGACAGGUAUUACAGACUUAUGUGGAAAAAGCGAUUUGGUUUUGCUAAAGUAGCUAUAGAUGCUAAAGUACCUAUUAUACCAGUAUUCACACAAAAUAUUCGGGAAGCAUUUCGUUGUAUUGGUAUUGGUCGUCGAUUCUGGUUGCGAAUAUAUUUAUGGACCAGGUUACCAAUAGUACCAAUAUAUGGAUGGUUUCCCGUUAAACUAAGAACUCAUAUUGGUAAACCAAUUCCAUAUGAUCCAGAUCUAUCAGCCGAAGACUUACAAAAAAAGGUGGCAAGUGCAAUUGAAGAAUUAAUAUGUCAACACCAAAAAGUGCCUGGCAAUAUACUAAGAGCUCUCUGUGAACGUGUGUAUAACCCUUUAAACUGUAGUAAAAAGAAAACCUGA